AAAACUUAUUUGUUGGAAAUCGGUCUGCUACGGUAAAUGGUUAUAUCAUUCUUCCAUUUAUUGAAGUUUGUUUCCAGAAGUGUAUCUAUUUAAUUAGAAUACAAGAUGGGUAUUGGACGACAUGCUCAAUUUAUUGCUAGAACUGUUAUGGUUCAAAACAAUAAUGUAGAAAAAGCUUGCAAACACUUAAAUAGUAUAUUAGGAAAGGAGAAAAUUUUCGAACAAUUUAGACGUACUAGGUAUUUUGAGAGACCCUCGCAAGCAAGACGGAGGAUAAAUUAUGAAAAGUGCAAAGCUAUUUAUGACGAGGAUAUGAAUAGAAAAAUUAAAUUUAUCUUAAGAGUAAACAGAGAAGAUCCAUACCCUGGCUGCUCUUAAACUGAAACUUUAUUGCAAUGCUGUUGAAUUUCAUUUUGUCUAAUCUUGAUGUCUAUAAUCCUGUAUGUAUCCAUAUAAAUAUUUUGGUAAAGUAUUCAUAGUUUUACAUGUCAUUCUGUAUUAAUGUACAAACAGAACAAAAUAAAUUAUAAGUCAUCAUAUAUGCUUUACAACAAAAUGGUAUUCAUAAUAAUCCCUAUUUUACUUUAUGUUCUUGUAUUAUUCUAACAUAAGAAGUAGUAAAGAAAGAUAAGAAAGUAAGUAGAAGCUUACUUGAAAAAUAUUUUUGUAUUUUAAAUAGUUGAUGAAAUAUAAUACAAAAUUUACUGUAAUUUUAAAAGCAUUUUUUAUUUCAUUUCUAGUAUGUUUAUAAAUGUGCUUUUGUAGAUAAUGUAUUUUAUUAAGUCACCAGGCUUGUAAUCAUAGAAUUUUUUAAUGGGGAUAUUUGAGGAACUAAAGCAACAAUACAAAUCUUUAA